CACAAGUUAUUGAUGCACUCUAAUCAUCAUGGCACACAAUAGGCAAGGUUUCAAAUUGGGACGUUUGUACAGUGAGCAACUCUGCUAGAUGAAUUAUUAUUUCUGAAAGUAUUAAGAAACACAUUUGUCAAAAGGUUUUCUCUCCUCUCCGCCAGCCAAAUUGAGUCAGACAUUUUGAAAAAGCUAUGGCAUUUCUCAUGAAUCAAAUGUUGGGCAGUAAGUUAAAGGGUUUUUCUGAUGGAGGUGGCGAAGGUGACAGCAAAGCUGGAGCAGAUGGUAAAGAAACGGCAGAGUCCAAAGGCAUGUCUAGAGAGGAGUUUGAGGAAUACCAGAAGCAGCUGGUGGAAGAAAAGAUUCAGCGAGACAAGGACUUUGCAACGAAGAAGGCUGGGAGGGCAAACCUGAGAGUCGCACUCAGAGAUAAAUACCGUCUACCGGAUAGUGCUCAAGACAGCGCAAUGCUUCAGAUGGCUGGAGAUGACGUUGACCUGCCAGAGGAGCUUGCCAAAAUGGUGGAUGAAGAUGAGGAGGAAGAGGAGACCGACGACUCACUCCUCAACAAGCUUCAAAACAUGGACUUGGACACGCUGAAGAACAAGGCCCAGAGCACAGUGACUGAGCUGAGGCAGACUGCUGAGGAGAAAUGUAUCCUCAUGUGAACCCCGUCAUGCACAUAAAGCACAAGCUCCACACCCAGGCUGGUGUUACUAUUCAAAUUUAACACUUCUGCAAUUAUUUUAAAUUAUUGUUACGUAUUUUACAAAACAUUUGUAGCUGUGGAGCACUUCUUUAUGGCAGCGAUUCUUGUUUACAUGUUUUUUUUUUCUUUUAUGUUUGGCUCUGUUUGACUGUGUCUUCACUUUUUUCAUUGACAACCAUUCAAAUGCUUCAUAUGUGGAUGUAAAAAUACUGAGGAAAAAAGAAAACAUCAGCCUCUCUUAGGUCAUAUGAAUGUCUAUGUAAAUAAACAUACAAAAAUAUAUAUAAAAAAGUAAACUAAAAAGCUGAAAGUACUGUAAAAUGUCUGUUCUAUGCCUGCUCUUCCAGAAGGGAUUCAAAGAACAAUAAAAUAUUUCUAUCCUCUUUUUAAAAACCUA